UCGUCGCCGGCUACGAGUCAAAAGAAUCGCGUAGUGCUGGUUCUGCCUCCGCGACGAGUCAAAACACGUCAGCCUCAAGCCGGAACUUCAAAUUCCAAGCUGCCGUACUUCAAUAUAAUUGAUCUCCCACUUUUGUUUGUUUGUUUUUUUUUUCCAGGGUGAUCUCUGCGUGAAGAAAGCGAUUUUUCUUCUCUGAUCUUCUUCUUGCAGACUCCCACAAUUGGUGAACGAUCUCUGUUUAUCUGGUGAAACGAAGCGAUCUAAAGGAGGGAUUCUUGGUCUUGGACCAUGUCGUUCUCUGAUUCCGAUUCAUCUUCUUAUGGGGGCGACUACAAAAAUUUCAGGCAAAUCAGCCGCGAGCGAUUGCUGCAUGAGAUGCUUCGAUCUGCUAAAACAGGAGAUUCCAAAUCAACUUGGAAGGUUCUCAUCAUGGACAAACUUACCGUCAAGAUAAUGUCAUACUCAUGCAGGAUGGCUGAUAUCACAGAUGAAGGUGUUUCAUUGGUAGAAGACAUAUACAGACGAAGGCAGCCACUGCCAUCCAUGGAUGCUAUAUAUUUCAUGCAGCCUUCUCGAGAGAAUGUUAUCAUGUUCCUGUCAGACAUGUCAGGGAGGUCUCCUUUGUAUCGGAAGGCAUUUGUUUUCUUCAGUUCGCCUAUAUCAAAAGAAUUAGUUAUUCACAUCAAGAGGGAUACAACCGUUUUACCUCGCAUAGCUGCCCUAAAAGAGAUGAAUUUGGAGUACUUUGCUAUAGAUAGCCAGGAAUUUCCUUUUGUUCGGUACCGAGCUGCCAAGUCCCUUGAUGCAACUACGAUGACGACUUUACGUGACCUCAUUCCUACAAAAGUUGCUGCUGGUGUCUAUGACUGUAUAACAAAAUAUAAGAAAACAAUCCCCAAUUUUCCUCAGUCAGAAACAUGUGAGUUGCUGAUUCUUGAUCGAUCUAUAGAUCAGAUUGCUCCUGUUAUACAUGAAUGGACAUAUGAUGCAAUGUGUCGUGAUUUGCUUAUCAUGGAGGGGAAUAAAUAUGUUCACGAGAUUCCAAGCAAAGUUGGAGGUCCACCGGAGAAGAAAGAGGUUCUUUUGGAAGACCACGAUCCAGUUUGGCUUGAGCUUCGCCAUGCACACAUUGCAGAUGCAAGUGAGCGGUUGCAUGAGAAAAUGACCAACUUCGUAUCUAAGAAUAAGGCUGCACAAAUCCAACAAGGAUCAAGAAAUAGUAGUGAACUCUCCACACGGGAUCUGCAAAAGAUGGUUCAAGCAUUGCCACAAUAUAGUGAACAAAUUGACAAGCUCUCCCUACAUGUCGAGAUUGCGGUAAAACUAAACAAGAUUAUCAAGGAUCAGGGGCUUAGAGAACUAGGACAAAUUGAGCAGGAUCUUGUUUUUGGAGAUGCAGGAACGAAAGAUGUAAUAAAAUAUUUGACGACUAAUGAGGAUGCAAGUCGUGAAAAUAAGUUGCGAUUAUUGAUGAUUCUUGCAGCCAUUUAUCCUGAGAAAUUUGAGGGUGAGAAAGGUCAAAAUUUAAUGAAGUUAGCAAAACUACCACCCGAGGAUAUGAAUGCUGUUAGCAACAUGAGAUUACUUGGUGGUGCACCUGAUACCAAAAAAAGCUCUGCAGGGUCAUUUUCUUUGAAGUUUGAUAUUCAUAAGAAGAAGCGUGCAGUUAGGAAACAACAAAAUGGAGAAGGAGGGUGGCAGUUAUCACAGUUUUAUCCCAUCAUCGAGGAACUAGUUGAAAAACUUAGCAAGGGGGAAUUAUCCAAGGAUGAUUAUCCAUGUCUAAAUGACCCCAGUCCAACUUACCAUGGAUCAUCUCAUACAGCAGCAGUUCAGCAACCUCCAGCUGCUCAUUCAAUGAGAUCAAGACGAACCCCAACAUGGGCCCGACCUCGUAAUUCAGAUGAUGGGUACUCAAGCGAUUCGGUACUCAGGCAUGCAUCUAGUGAUUUCAAGAAGAUGGGCCAGCGUAUAUUUGUAUUUAUUGUAGGUGGAGCAACUAGGUCCGAGCUUAGAGUUUGUCACAAGCUUUCAGCGAAGUUGAAGAGAGAAGUAGUUUUAGGUUCAACAAGUAUUGAUGACCCUCCACAAUUUAUUACGAAACUUAAGAUGUUGACUGCAGAAGAGCUCUCAUUGGAUGAUCUCCAGAUAUGACUGCCAGCCUCCCUCUGGUGUGCCCUCGAUAUGCUCGUUGGUGCUUUGUAAUCAGUCUGUUCUCCGAUUUUUUUGUUUUUGGCUCUUUCAGCCUAGUCUUAUUGCUAGUUUCGUGUCAUGAUCUUGUGAUGAACUGUUAGCAGUGAAGCUGUCCAUAUUGAUUGCAUAAUGUAACAUGUUUUACAUCUGUAUACUGUAACAUUUCUUAAUGGAGAAGAUUCGGUUCGAACUGUAA